AUGACCCUGGCUUGCUCUUACAUCAUCCACCCCCGCGGCCGCCUCUCCUCCACAGCGCUGCCACCCCAGCAGUCCCGCUGCUCGGGACGCAUGCUGGCUGAUGCUCACCCUGAUGGAGACGCCGGUCCUUCAGGUACUGACCCUCUGCCCUCCGGAGCCCUAACAAGCAAAGAGAACCUAGAAGCCAGUGUGACCACGGCCCCCUCAAAUCCAGCCCAGUCUGGGGAGGAGCUGCCGGACCUGGAGCCAGCAGGGACAGUGCUAUCUGCGCAUCCGGACACCUGGGCGCCGUCCACACUGCCCCCGGAGCAGCCAGGCACCCAGCAUACCUUGACCCCCAGGAGGAAGCCGUUGUCCCCCAAGCAGGUGAACUCCGCCAGGAAGCAGCUGAGGCCGAAGACUACCCCCACCGCAGCCCUCCAGAAGCCGGGGUCCCAGCCAUCUCCUGUGGAGCCAGGUGACGCCACCUCCACAGAGAAUCCCCACACCCCGGAGGACCCAGACCUGUUCCCCUCCUCAGAAGCUGGCCGGCCUUCUCCCGAGGGGCCCCUCUGGGCGGACCAGGAGGAGGGCGCUGUCCCUACCACGCCUGCCCCCCUGCAGAUCUCCCCAUUCACCUCACAACCCUACGUGCCCCACACGCUCCCCCAAAAGCCGGAGCCGGGGAGCUCGGGGCCAGAAGAGGCUCAUGAGGCUACUUCGGAGGAGGUCAGCCCCAUAACCCUGAUGGACAGAGGAGGUGACAACGAGCUGACCGGAUCAGCGUCUGAGGAGAGCCAGGAGACGACCACGUCCACCAUCGUCACCACCACGGUCAUCACCACCGAGCAAGCCCCAGCUCUCUGCAGUGUGAGCUUCUCGGACCCCGAGGGUUACAUCGACUCCAGCGACUACCCGCUGCUACCCUUGAACAACUUCCUGGAGUGCACGUACAACGUGACCGUCUACACGGGUUACGGGGUGGAGCUCCAGGUGAAGAGCGUCAAUCUGUCUGAGGGGGAGCUGCUGUCCAUCAGGGGGGUGGAUGGCCCCUCCCUGACCGUCCUUGCCAACCACACGCUCCUGGUGGAGGGCCAGGUGAUCCGCAGCCCCACCAACACCAUCUCCAUCUACUUCCGGACCUUCCAGGAGGACGGCCUUGGCACCUUCCAGCUGCACUACCAGGCCUUCAUGCUGAGUUGCAACUUCCCCCGCCGGCCCGACUUUGGGGAUGUCACUGUGAUGGACUUGCACUCAGGUGGGGUGGCCCACUUCCACUGCCACCUGGGCUAUGAGCUCCAGGGUGCUAAGACGCUGACAUGCAUCAACGCCUCCAAGCCCCACUGGAGCAACCCGGAACCCAUCUGCUCAGGUAUAAUGCUGGUCUACAGUGGGCAGACCAACAGGUCAGCUCUGCUCUACGACUCCCAGCAAACUGAGAGCGUCCCCUUUGAGGGCCUUCUGAGCGACAGUAACGCCAUCCGCAUUGAGUUCACGUCGGACCAGGUCCAGGUGGCCUCAACCUUCAACAUCCGCUUCGAGGCUUUUGAGAAAGGCCACUGCUACGAGCCCUACAUUCAGAACGGGAACUUCACCACAUCCGACCCGACCUACAACAUCGGCACAGUCGUGGAGUUCACCUGCGACCCCGGCCACUCUCUGGAGCAGGGCCCGGCCAUCAUUGAGUGCAUCAACGUCCGAGACCCUUACUGGAACGACACGGAGCCGCUGUGCCGAGCCAUGUGCGGUGGGGAACUCUCUGCAGUGGCUGGAGUCGUGCUAUCUCCAAACUGGCCGGAGCCCUAUGUGGAAGGUGAAGACUGUGUCUGGAAGAUCCAUGUGGGGGAGGAGAAACGGAUCUUCUUGGAUAUCCAACUCCUGAAUCUGAGCAACAGUGACAUCCUGACCAUCUAUGACGGCGACGAGGUCAUGCCCCACAUCCUGGGGCAGUACCUCGGGAGCAGCGGUCCCCAGAAGCUGUACUCCUCCACGCCGGACCUCACCAUCCAGUUCCACUCGGACCCGGCCGGUCUCAUCUUCGGGAAGGGCCAGGGAUUUAUCAUGAACUACAUAGAGGUAUCACGAAACGACUCCUGCUCGGAUUUGCCUGAGAUCCAGAAUGGAUGGAAGACGACGUCUCACACGGAGCUCGUGAGAGGGGCCAGGAUCACCUACCAGUGUGACCCCGGCUACGACAUCGUGGGGAGCGACACCCUGACCUGCCAGUGGGACCUCAGCUGGAGCAGCGACCCCCCGUUCUGCGAGAAAAUUAUGUACUGCACUGACCCCGGAGAGGUGGAGCACUCGACACGCCUGAUCUCGGACCCUGUGCUGCUGGUGGGCACCACCAUCCAGUACACCUGCAACCCCACCUUCGUCCUCGAGGGCAGUUCUCUGCUGACCUGCUACAGCCGCGAGACCGGCACCCCCAUCUGGACGUCCCGGCUGCCGCACUGCGUCUCUGAGGAGUCCCUCGCUUGUGACAACCCGGGGUUACCUGAAAACGGCUACCAGAUCCUGUACAAGCGUCUCUACCUGCCCGGCGAGUCCCUCACCUUCAUGUGCUACGAGGGCUUCGAGCUCAUGGGCGAGGUGACCAUCCGCUGCAUCCUGGGCCAGCCGUCCCACUGGAACGGACCCCUGCCCGUCUGCAAAGUUAAUCAGGACAGCUUCGAGCACGCCUUAGAAGCAGAAGCGGCAGCUGAGACGUCCCUGGAAGGCGGAAGCAUGGCCCUGGCUAUCUUCAUCCCUGUGCUCAUCAUCUCCCUUCUGCUAGGAGGAGCCUACAUUUACAUCACCAGAUGUCGCUACUACUCCAGCCUCCGCCUGCCUCUGAUGUACUCGCACCCCUACAGCCAGAUUACGGUGGAGACCGAGUUUGACAACCCCAUCUAUGAGACAGGGGAAACCAGGGAGUAUGAAGUUUCCAUCUGA